UAAUUUGAAGGUUUAAUAAUAUAUUUUCUUGGCAGAAUCUUGAAAGAAAAAUGAGUACAGCUACUUUUGUUGAUAUUAUUAUUGCAAUCCUCUUGCCUCCUCUCGGAGUCUUUCUCAGAUUUGGUUGCGGGGUUGAGUUUUGGAUAUGUUUGGUUUUGACGCUGCUUGGCUAUAUUCCUGGGAUCAUAUACGCUAUUUAUGUCCUUACCAAAUGAUUUACCUCCCAUCCCCUUCUCGAACAGCUGUUUCGUCGUGUUCUCCUCCUCUCUUUGUGACUGAUUCAUCGUUUCUUUCACCAGAGUUUUAUGUUUUAGCUAAGUAAUCAAUCUUCAGUGUUGCGUUUGCAUUGUUUUAUAAUGUUUGUUGUAUUGAUAUUUUAUGAAAAGAAGAGACCGUUGGUUUUGUACUUUUGUGUGAAGAAUUUGCUUAUUUCGAGUAUUUUUAUCUGAAAAAAAAGAUUGGGAA